AUGGAUCUUUGCUUAUAACAAAAAUAAUAGUUUUCUGAUUAAAUAAAUAAAACUAUAGAAUAUAUUAAAACUGGAAACUAUUCAAUUGAAAAUUAAACCAGUUUGAGCUAACUUUAUUAUUAGUGGGAGAGGUUUGGCCAAAAAUAAGUCAGCAUUGUUCUUCCUAUUUAGAGCAAUUUUAAGGGAAAUAACAAUUAAGAGCCUUAUUCUUUCGCAAUAAUUUUGGUUGGGAGAGUAAUAGCAGAUAAUAGUGAUCAGUUUAAAUUGUUUAAUAUUAUAAGCACUAGUUUAAUUAAAAUGUUUUUAUUAAUUGAAUUUGGCUUGAUUUGUUCGAUAAUAAUCAUUUUUAUAAUAAAUUAUGGCCUAUUCUAAGUUUACUCGAUCAAAAUGCCAAUAGAAAUUUUAAUAGAAUUCUUAAAAAAGAGCUAUCAGGAGCAGUAAAAAAAUUCAAUAAAAUAUAAUUAAUACAAAUAAAGUAAUUAAAAAAUAAAAACUCUAGCUCAAAAGAAAGCAGCAAGAAAGAAGUAAAAAUCAAUAUAUAAAAAUGUAAUACAGGCUAAUUAAAAUAAAUCUAAUUAAAUUUGGAAAAAUAGCUAAAAUGAAAGCCAAAAUUAAACUUAGAUAUUGAAUAAGAAUCUAUAAAAGAAUAUAUUUGAAGAAGAAUCUUUUAAAUAGAGUGAAAAUGAUGGGAAAGACUAUUUCAUUUUUGAUAAAAUAAAAGAAAAUAACUCUCCAGAUUUAAUAAUGGAUAAUUAUUAAUGA